GCCAGCAUUACCUGUGUGCCAGUGAACUUUUUUGUCUUGCUCCUCUCACCAACCUAUAUAAAGGUCGGUGAAGGAGGGGGCAAAUGUCUCCCCAUUUUGGCCCCACAUCUCUGCAGAUAGAAAAUUUAGAAUCCAAAACAAAAUAAUUAUGCUCCAAAAAAUACUCAGUUGCUGACAACAUAAAAACCUUUCAGUUUCCUUGAAUAUUUCUCCAAGUUACAAUUUAUUGCUUCCAAGUCUUAUGUGUGAUUGAUGACUAUGUAUACAUCCAGUAUGGCCCACUCAUAUCUGUCCUGACAUUUUUAAGUUUCAAGAGAACGUGCUUUUUUUGUUAUAUAUCUUAUAUCUUAAUCUUAAUACCAAUGGUUGUAAAUGUGCAUCUACCCACUCUGAAAUGUGCUCAUUGAGUUGAGUGAACCAAUGUCAGAGACAAUUGGUCGCCCAAUCGGUGGUCGCUGCUCCUUGUGCACCUUUGGCAAGUGAUAAACUAUUGAAAUUACUGGAUGUUUAGUUAGAAGAAAUUAUCUCUCUCGAUUACUAAUUAAACCUUUUUCCAAAGCUAUAUCUAUAAUUGUUGUCAAUUCUUUAAGGUCCCUUGUGGGACCUGACUUUCAAAUUCUAUAUGUAGGUAUCCCCUACUAGUCCUCUACUAGGGCCUCUUCCCUAUAUUUCUUAGAGUCCACUACUACUACCUUACCACUUGUAUUUGCAUUCUUGGUUAUUGUUGACUUGUCUUCAAUUCCUGGUGUCAUCAUAAAGUUGCGAGAGAUCUUCUUCAACCUUCUGUUUAUUCAUAUCCACCAGGGGACCUCGAAUGUGAUGCUAUGGUUCUUGAAUCUAGAUGUAUCCACAUUCUGAUGACUUUCUAUGCGGAGGAAAUCACAUACAAAAGUGACUUCCUCGACUACACAUUUCUUAUGGGCUGCCUCAAUAAUGCCUUAUCUCAGGGCUGCAACAGGUGGAACUUCAGACCAGAAAAGCAAGAAAGAAGUCCCACAGGUUGUUGCUUUGGGAUAACAGUCAUCAAAAUCUACUGAUUAAGUCAACGAAGGCCUCAAGGGAACAUUAAAGUACAACACAGAAGAAUGUGUAAAUCUGGCUCAGUAUAAAGCCAGGCUGAGUGUGAGCCAAGUGCAUGGAAUGAGAAUCACUGACUGAGUUCCCAAGCUUUAUGGUCUGUUGGAUGUGGGAAAGCCUUCUGUGACUGGUCAUCUUCUCACCCACCUCUGUACUUGUACUGGAAACAAUAGACUUUGCCUUCAAAGACAAGAGGAUGGAAACACAGGAGAAACAUUUGGCCAGUGAUCCUCUCAGAACCACUGACUAUGGGAAAACAUGUGAGAGCAGCCUUCAAAAUCUCUUUGGAAUUUACACAGGAGAGAAACCAUUCACGUGUAAAGAAUGUGGCAAAGGCUUUACUCAGAAGCGUAACCUUGCAUCUCAUAUGACAAUACACACUGGGGAGAAACCAUUUUCUUGUACAGAAUGUGGGAAAGGUUUUACUCAGAAGCAUAACCUUGCAUCUCAUCUGACAAUACACACAGGGGAGAAACCAUUCCCUUGUACAGAAUGUGGGAAAGGCUUUACUCAGAAGAGCAAUCUUGUAUCUCAUAUGAAAAUACACACAGGGGAGAAACCUUUCACUUGUACAGAGUGUGGGAAAGAAUUUGCUCACAAGCACAGACUUUUAGGUCACCUGAAAAUACACACAGGGGAGAAACCAUUUUCUUGUACAGAAUGUGGGAAGCACUUUGCACACAAAUAUCACCUUGUAUCUCAUAUGAAAAUACACACCAGAGAGAAACCAUUCACUUGUACAGAAUGUGGGGAGCACUUUGCAAACAAGGUUAGCCUCUUAGGUCACCUGAAAAUGCACAAAGGGGAGAAACCAUUCACUUGUACAGAAUGUGGCAACAGCUUUACUCAAGUGAGUAGCCUUGUAUCUCACAUGAAAAUACACACAGGAGUGAGAGCUUUCACUUGUACAGAAUGUGGCAAAUGCUUUACUGACAAGUAUCACCUUGUAUCUCAUAUGAAAAUACACACAGGGGAGAAACCAUUCUCUUGUACAGAAUGUGGCAACAGCUUUACUCAAAAGAGUCACCUUGUAUCUCAUAUGAAAAUACACACAGGGGAGAAACCUUACACUUGUACAGAAUGUGGAAAACACUUUGCACAAAAGUGUCACCUUGUAUCUCAUAUGAAAAUACACACAGGGGAGAAACCAUUCACUUGUACAGAAUGUGGUAAAGACUUUACCCAAAAGCAUAAUCUUGUAUCUCAUAUGAAAAUACACACAGGGGAGAAACCAUUCUCUUGUACAGAAUGUGGGAAUCACUUUGCACACAAGAUUAGCCUCGUUAAUCACCUCAAAUUACACACAGGGGAGAAACCAUUCAUUUGCACAGAAUGUGGCAAAAGCUUUUCUAGAAAGAGUAACCUUGAAUCUCAUUUGAAAACACACACAGGAGAGAGGCCAUUCAUUUGUAUAAAAUGUGGCAAAGGUUUUACUACAACAAGUUGCCUUGUAUCUCAUAUGAUAAUACAUGCAGGAGAGAAACCAUUUGUUUGUACAGAAUGUGGCAAAGGCUUUACUCAGAAGCGUAACCUUGCAUUUCAUCUGACGAUACACACAGGGGAGAAACCAUUCUCUUGUACAGAAUGUGGGAAAGGCUUUACUCAGAAGAGCAAUCUUGUAUCUCAUAUGAAAAUACACACAGGGGAGAAACCUUUCACUUGUACAGAAUGUGGGAAAGAAUUUGCACACAAGCACAGACUUUUAGAUCACUUGAAAAUGCACACAGGGGAGAAACCAUUUUCUUGUACAGAAUGUGGGAAGCACUUUGCACACAAGUAUCACCUUGUAUCUCAUAUGAAAAUACACACCAGAGAGAAACCAUUCACUUGUACAGAAUGUGGUAAAGACUUUACUCAAAAGAAUAAUCUUGUAACUCAUAUGAAAAUACACACAGGGGAGAAACCAUUCUCUUGUACAGAAUGUGGGAAUCACUUUGCACACAAGAUUAGCCUCGUUCAUCACCUCAAAUUACACACAGGGGAGAAACCAUUAAUUUGCACAGAAUGUGGCAAAAGCUUUUCUAGAAAGAGUAACCUUGAAUCUCAUUUGAAAAUACACACAGGAGAGAGGCCAUUCGUUUGUACAAAAUGUGGCAAAGGCUUUACUAAAACAAGUUGCCUUGUAUCUCAUAUGAUCAUACACACAGGAGAGAAACCAUUCAUCUGUACAGAAUGUGGAAGAGGUUUUACUCAGAUGGGUAGCCUUGUAUCUCAUAUGAAAAUACACACUGGGGAGAAACCAUUUACUUGUACAGAAUGUGGCAGAAGCUUUUAUAGAAAGAGUCACCUUGAAUCUCAUAUGAAAACACACAAGUGGAGGAACCUUUAACUUCACAUAUGACAAAGACUUUAUUAAAAUGCUAAACCUUGUAUCUCAUAUGAAGAGAAACCAUUCACUUGGAAAGAAUGUAGCAAAAGAUGUAUGCAAACUUCUAUCUUGUAUGAAAUGCACUCGGGGAGAAACCUUCAAAAUGAUUACAUGAGAAUUAAACUUUUUGUUUGUACAGAAUGUGAGAAAUGUUUCUUUUUGCAGAAAGUACUUUGCGCCCACCAAAAUAUUCACUGCUGGUCAGUGCGAACCCGACCCACGGUGCACUUUAUAUUAUGAAGACGUUUCACUAGUCAUUCAACGGUUUUCCGAAUUUUUGAAUUGAGAAAGCAAGUGGGAUGACUAGUGAAAGUCUUCAAGGAAAAAGAAAAUACAGUGAGUCCAGUUGAUUGACUGUAGAUUAAUCGUUGGGAAAUUCCUCCUCAGUAGAACAGUUUCUCCUCAACCUGCAGAAAAGUUCCCACCUAUUCGAUUCCUUGGAUGGCAAGAGCAGGCAUGUAUUAAUGUAUUACCACUACAUGGCUUGUGAUAAAUAGUAGAAUAGAUUGUGAUUUCUCUAGCGAUUAACUUCACAUCAAAAAACUUCUGUAUUUGUAAAUAUACAAGUUAUACAGUCAAAUAAAUAUUUAUUGUUCUAACAAAGUCCCUGAACUCUUUCCUAAUCCCCUGCCAAAUAAAUAAUAGAUCAUCGAUAAAACAAACAUAGAAUUUCAAAUGAAUUUUUAAAUCUGCAGAGAUGUGGGGCUCCUCUCAUGCCGCACUAGAUACAUUUAAAGCAAGGGUUUUACCCUGUCAGCAUUACCUGUGUGCCUUAUGAUAAAUAGAAGAAUGGGUUGUGUUUCCUCCUCCUCCUUCUUCUCCUUGACUAACUUCAAAUCGAAAAACUUCUGUAUAUGUAACUUGCAAGUUAUAUAUUCAAAAUAAAAUAUUGAUUGUUCUAA